AGAUGGCGGCCGGGAGCGGUCCUCCCACGCCGGAGCUGCCUCGCGGGCGGAGGCUGGUGUGCGUGGAAUACCCGGGCGUCGUGCGCGACCCUGAGAAGGCGCUGCUCUCUCUCGGAGGGGAGGAAGCCCUCACGCGGGUGUACGCGGACCCCAGUCGGCGUCUGGAGCUGUAUUUCCGCCCGAAGGACCCUUAUUGCCACCCGGUUUGUGCCAACCGCUUCCCUGCCUCCUCCAUGUUGCUGCGAGUGAGGAGAAGAACCCGUCGGAAGCAGGCAGGAGUGGGUGGACAGCGGGUAGAGGAAGCGGUCUCCAUCCAGGUGGAAGUCCUUGGCAUCGUCAGCACCGUCUACAAGUUCCAAGGGAUGUCGGACUUCCAGUUCCUAGCGGCGCAGUCGUGUCCGGGAGGCGCCCCACGGUCCCUGUAUGACCGAGUGCGCCUGCUGCAGCCAGAGAAGGAGGCCUUCUUCAUGGGCCGCCUGCCGCUCUACAUCCCGCCCCCCAUCUUCUCUCGCCUUUAUCGUUGGAAACAGUUUCAUUUUGAUACACAGCACCGGGAAGGCUACCACCACCCGCUGCUGUCCAGCGAGAACCUGAUUGGCUUGAGCCGGGCUCGCCGGCCACACAACGCCAUCUUCGUCACCUUUGAGGAGGAAGAGGUCCCCACGAAGCCCCUGGAGGCCGCUCAACAGACCUGGAGGAGGGUCUGCAGCAACACCCUGGACCACCGGGCCGAGGAGGAGCUCCAGAAACUCUUUGAGGUCCGCCCGGUUUGGUCCCGGAACGCCGUCAAGGCCAAUAUCAGCAUCCAUCCAGACAAGCUGAAGUUCCUCCUGCCCUACUUGGCUUAUUACAUGCUGACGGGCCCUUGGAGGAGCCUGUGGGUCCGAUUUGGCUACGACCCCCGGAAGCACCCGGAAGCAAAGGUCUACCAGGUCCUGGACUUCCGGAUUCGCUGCGGGAUGAAAUACGGAUACGCCCCGAAUGAACUGCCGGUGAAGGCCAAGCGCAGCACCUACAACUACAGCCUCCCCAUCACCUUGAAGAAGCCAGCCAGCCAUUCGGCCGGCAUCCAAGACCUCAAGCGAGGGCUGAGCUCCACCGGACCCUCCGGCGCACGGAAGCCGGCCUCCUGCAAAUACAAGCUGAAAGACUCCGUCUACAUCUUCCGCGAAGGCUCUCUACCUCCCUACCGGCAGAUGUUCUACCAGCUCUGCGACCUGAACGUGGAAUGCCUGCAGGAGAUUGUCCACCGGAACGACGGGGCGGAGGGGGCCGUCUGCUCGGAGCGCGAUGGGUGGUGCCUCCCGCGGACCAGCGACAGCCUGCGCGAUGCCAUGUCGCUCAUGAUCAAGCAGGUCAUCCGCGCCACACGGCCCGCUCUCUUCACAAGCGCGGCUUCAUCAGCUGCCGAAGCAGAAGGCAAAGAGCCGCUGGCCUUUGAGUCUGGAGAGGAGGAAGAAGAAGAAGAGGAAGAGGAGGAAUUCAAGCCUUCGGACGGGAGCGAGAACGAAAUGGAAACAGAGAUCCUGGACUAUGUCUGACGCCAAGGCGCUUCGUGUGCGAGAAUGGACCCAUCUACACUGACCAUACAAUCCAGUUUAAAGCAGAUAAUCUGGAUUAUAUGGUGUGUAGAUGGGUCCUUGUACUGAUGGGACAUUUGCAACGCCUUUCCUCUUCCAUAUAUUUCAUAUGGGAUUCAUAUUAGUUACAGAUCAGUUGGGUAUCUUUGCAAUGCAAACUUGGCAUCCUUUUGUUCCAAAAACUGUUGUUACCUAAACAAGUCUUGUCCUAUUAAAAGGAUAUUAAUCCA